AUGGUUCAGUUGAGUCCUGUCGUGUCUUCUGUCCUGCAGGGCUACCGGCGUUUGAGCAUCGACAUCGAGGCCAUGAGAGACAUGAGGAGAGAGGUGCGAGAUAAAUGGAAGAUGAUCCUGGAGAAUCUGGGGUUCAUGGCUGAAGCCGAGUCUCUGCUGACUGUGUCUGCCACCGCAUCAUAUGACCGCAUGAGAAACGCAGCGGUCGCCCGCAGCCUGCUACAAGACCCUCCACACAGAGACGUCCAUAUUCAGCAGCAAAGAGUCUCCACCCGAGAGAUACCUCUUCAUCCUGGACCGGCUGAUCUAUCUGGACGCUGCUGAGGAUUUUGUGGCCAAGGCUCGUCGCUUCUACCCUCCUCAAGAUGAUGAUGAUGAUGAUGAUGAUGAAGAGGAAAACACCAGUCUAAUAAAUCUUCCUCUGCUGCUGUCCCGCAUGAAUCAGAACAUCUCUGGAAGAGAGGAUGAGGAUGAUGAGGGCGAGGCCACCGGUCCAGAAGAGUGAC